AUGGGUAAAAAGUUCCAUGAACAGUCUCGAAAAAGGUUUCUGGAAAUUUUUGUUAUCCAUUCAGUGACACCACUGAAAUGCAUAACGUGCCACCUUCUCAUGGUGCCCGAUCGCUGCAGGAACGGCUUUGGCAUCUGUUACGCUGAGAAAUAUGAGUCGUGCAUGAGACUGAACAUCCUGAAGGACUCUGAACUCCGGUUGUCAUACUUGGUGUGUCAGAAACACUGCAGAGACCUGACCCUUGAAUUCAACCACCGGACUUACGUCCAUCAAUGCUGCACCACUGACUUUUGUAACGUCUCGAUCUAAGACAUGUGCC